AUUGCAGGUUUGGCAGCCUGUCUUCUAUGGAACCUUAUAGCAGUUACCUCAGCUUGGAUCAAAGGAGAAGGUAUAACUAUCUGGCUUCUUGCUAUUAUCUACUUAAUAUCUGGUGUCCCAGGAGCCUAUGUGCUGUGGUAUCGUCCUCUGUAUCGUGCAAUGAGGACGGAUAGUGCACUGAAGUUCGGAUGGUUCUUCUUAUGUUAUCUCUUUCACAUUGGAUUCUGCAUCAUUGCUACCGUGGCACCUCCUAUCUUCUUCAAGGGAAAGUCUUUAGCUGGUAUCUUGCCUGCAAUUGAUCUGUUAGGCUGGAAUGGUUUGGUUGGGGUAUUCUACUUCAUCGGGUUUGCAUUGUUCUGUCUUGAAUCACUGACCAGCAUAUGGGUUAUUCAGCAAGUGUACAUGUAUUUCCGAGGAAGUGGCAAAGCUGCUGAGAUGAAGAAAGAAGCUGCAAGAUCGACAAUGAUGGCAGCACUAUGACAAUACAGGAGCCAAAGGCAUGCAGGCAGCUUUCUUCUCACACCAUAUAUCACGCUCGAGCUCUGGAAAUGUGUUUUCUGAAGUACAUAGUGAUGUCAUAGCCGACUAUACACAUGAUGUAUUCGUGCUAGUACGUAUUGUUGCAACCAUUAUCUGAAAAUUCAUGUUAAUUGGUAGUAACAUUUCCUAUCUGUCUCUGGGGAUCUUCUACAUGCUCUUUAGAAGAAUAUUACCAUAUGCAAAUAUUCAAAAAUCACUGGAACUGCUCUAUUGUUUUUAUUUUUUGCUUGCA